CCUUUAAGAGGCUGAGGGGCGGCAGCUGUUUCUCGACUUGCCGUUUCCUGCUCUCCUCCUUGUGCUGCUUCUCUGGCGCUUGUGUGGGCACCGGCUGGCUGGGGCUGGGCACAGCUGUACCCACCUCACCCAUGUCUGCACUGGGCAGAAGCAGCAUGAGGCGCUCCAACAGCCUGGGCGAGAUCGACGAGGGCCUGUACUCGCGGCAGCUCUACGUGCUGGGUCAUGAAGCCAUGCAGAGGCUGGCAAAAACCACUGUGCUGGUGUCAGGGAUGAAGGGUCUGGGUGUGGAGAUUGCCAAGAACAUCAUCCUGGCUGGGGUGAAAUCCGUCACUGUGCACGACCUGGGCAACACCCAAUGGAGUGACCUCUCCUCGCAGUUCUUCCUGUCUGAGAGCGAUGUGGGCCGGAACCGAGCUGUGGCCUCCCAGCAGCACCUGGCAGAGCUCAACAGCUACGUGCCUGUGACAGCAUACACCAGGGAGCUGUCUGAGAGCUUCCUGGCAGCCUUCCAGGUUGUGGUUCUGAGCAACUCACCCCUGGAGGAACAGCUCCGCGUCAGCGACAUCUGCCAUGCCCGCAGCAUCCGCUUCAUCCUAGCCGACACCAAGGGGCUGGCCGGGCAGCUGUUCUGUGACUUCGGGGAGGACUUCGUGGUCUACGAACCCUCGGAGGCUGAGCCCGUCUGUGCCUAUGUCCAGCACAUCUCGCAGGGCACGCCUGGGGUGGUGACCUGCAGGGACGGGCAGGGCUACGGCCAUGGCUUUGCAGAUGGCGACUUUGUGACAUUCUCGGAUGUGGAGGGCAUGAGCCAGCUGAAUGGCUGCAAGCCCCGUGCCAUCCAUGUUCUGGAUGAGUUCAUGCUGGAGAUUGGGGACACGGCCUUCUUUGCCCCGUACCAGCGCGGCGGAGUCAUCACCCAGGUGAAGGUGCCACAGCUGCAUUCCUACGAGCCUUUGAGCGCAGCCUUGGCCAAGCCGAAGAUCAAAGCUAUGGACAACCGAGGGCGCAGCUUGCACCUGGCCUUCCGGGCACUGCACGCCUUUGCUGCCGAGAUGGGACAGCUGCCCCGGCCCAGAGCCCAGGCGGAUGCUGAGAGGUUGCUGGAGCUGGCACGAGGCCUGACCGCAGACCAGGAGCUGCUAGACGAGGGGCUGGUGCGGACGUUUGCCCACGUGAGCGCAGGGGAGCUGAGCCCCAUGGCCGCCCUCCUUGGAGGCCUGGCUGCCCAGGAGGUGCUGAAGGCUGCCUCGGGGAAGUUCUUGCCGCUGGAGCAAUGGCUUUACUUCGAUGCACUGGAGUGCCUGCCCAAGCAGGGGACUACGCUGCUGACGGAGAAGUCCUGUGCCCCGCAUGGCAGCCGCUAUGAUGGGCAGAUCGCUGUGUUCGGGGCUGACUUCCAGGAGAGGCUGGGCCGGCAGAAGUACUUUGUGGUGGGAGCCGGAGCUAUUGGCUGUGAGCUGCUGAAGAACUUUGCAAUGAUUGGGCUGGCGGCUGGCAAGGGCGGGAGCAUCACUGUGACGGACAUGGACACCAUCGAGCGCUCCAACCUCAGCCGGCAGCUGCUCUUCCGCCCGCGGGAUGUGGGUAAGCUGAAAUCGGAGGUGGCGGCGGCGGCUGUACGGCGCAUGAACCCCAUGACCAGGGUGACAGCCCAGCCGCACCAUGUGGGGCCCGACACGGAGACACUCUACGGGGACGACUUCUUCAUGGCCCUGGAUGGCGUGGCCAAUGCUCUGGACAGCAUGGAGGCCCGGGCCUAUGUGGACGGCCGCUGCAUCCGCUACCUCAAGCCCCUGCUGGACUCGGGCACCGAGGGCACCAAGGGCCACGUGCAGGUCAUCGUGCCCUAUCUGACACAGCCAUUCGGGAGCUCCGAGGACCUCACGGAGUCGGCCGUGCCCCUGUGCACCCUGCGCCACUUCCCCAGCACCAUCGAACACACCCUACAGUGGGCUCGGGAUGAGUUUGAUGGGCUCUUCAAGGUGCCUGCAGAGAAUGUCAACAAAUACCUGGAGGACCCAGCCUUCCUGGAGGGACAGUGGACGACGCAGGAUCUGGAGGGGGUGCGAAGCAGCCUGCAGGAGAAGCCGCGCAGCUGGCAGGACUGUGUGUGCUGGGCCAGGCAGCACUGGGAAAGCCUCUAUCGCCACACCAUCCUAAACCUGCUGCAUGCUUUCCCGCCCAGCCACGAGACCAGCCCUGGGGUCCCCUUCUGGGCAGCGCCCAAGAGAUGCCCCCGGCCCCUGGAGUUUGACUGCGACAACAGCACCCACAUGGAAUACAUCAUGACAGCUGCCAGCCUCUUUGCCCAGACGCACAGGCUGCAGGUGCCCCGCGACCAGGCGGCUGCCAGGGAGACGCUACGGGCCAUGGCCGUGCCGCCCUUCCAGCCGGAGGUGGGGGUGCGGAUCCCCGUCACGGAGGAGGAGAUGGAGGAGGCGCCUGCCGGGGUCGAUGAGGAGCAGCUGGCAGCACUGAGGCAGGAGCUGGCAGAGCGCAGAUGGACCCUGCUGGAGGGGGGUUGCGGUAGCACCCACCGCAUGGAGCCUAUCCACUUUGAGAAGGAUGAUGACAGCAACAGCCAUAUAGAUUUCAUCAUGGCUGCGUCCAACUUGCGGGCUGUGAACUACGGCAUUGCCCCCGCCGACUGGCACAAGAGCAAGCGGGUGGCGGGCAGGAUUGUGCCCGCCAUUGCCACCACAACAGCGGCAGUGGCUGGACUGGCAUGCCUGGAGCUCUACAAGCUGGUGUGGGGGCAUCAGGACCUCGGCUCCUACCGCAACAGUUUCCUGCAGCUUGCGGAGCCGCUGCUCGCCCACUUCCAGCCCCUGAUGCCCCCAGCCACUUACAAGUAUGGCCAGGAGACGUGGAGCUGCUGGCAUCGGGUCGAGGUGCCUGGGAUCGGCGCUCACGGGGAGGAGCUGAGCCUGCAGGGGCUCCUGGACCAGCUGCAGGGAGUGCACGGCCUGCCAGUGCGCACAGUGCUGUGCGGGGUGACCAUUCUCUAUGCCAGCUUCUGGGCCAAGCAGAAACGUGAGGCACAGCUCGCCCGCAGACUGACACAGCUGGUGGGCAGCCCCCCUGGAGGAGCCUCGCAGCCCCCCCGCAUCCUAGUGCUGGACCUGGUCUGCGAGGACCAACAGGACGACGACAUCUUACCACCUGUGCAUGUUCGGCUGCCCUGUGGCUGAGUGAAGCCUGCUGCCAGGUGCCUCCCUGGGCACAGAUGGGCAGUGGGGGCUCGGCUGUACGCUACAGGCCCCCUGAGAUGCUCAGCGGGACACUGGCCUGCUUCUCACCAGCCUGGCAGUGGAGAGCCCAGGAUGUAGAUGGGCGCACUGGGAGCAAGGCCUGUCCCCGGCCCCCUACAGCUAAUAAACCCUUGCCCCUGUCA